AUGGCGAAGACGAUGGUGAUCAGCCUGGGGAGCUCGCGGCGGAGGAAGCGCGGCGAGGUGCUGUUCCGGUUCGACUCCUUCUGCCAGCCCGGCUACCCGGCGCAGCUCGCCGGCGCGUUCCGUGACAACGUCAGGACGCUGCUCGGGCUGGCGCACCUGGAGGCCGGCGCCCCUGGGGAGACCAGGUGCUGGUCGUUCCAGCUCGAGCUGCACCGCCACCCGCCCACCGUCGUCAGGCUCUUCGUCGUCGAGGAGGAGGUCGCCGCCUCGCCGCACCGCCAGUGCCACCUCUGCCGUGUCGUCGGUUGGGGCCGGCACCUGAUAUGCAGCAAGAGGUUCCACUUCGUGCUGCCCAAGAGGGAGUCCUCGGUGGAAACCGAUGGCCUGUGCUACGGGGUCAGCGGCCACGGCGGCGGCACCGAGAAGGCGUCGAAGGGGACGGCGACCUCCAGGGGCCACUUGCUGCACGGCAUCGUGCACCUCAACGGCUACGGCCACCUCGUCGGCAUCCAUGGCUUCGAGGGCGGCUCCGACUUCGUCUCCGGCCACCAGAUCAUGGACCUCUGGGACCGCAUAUGCUCAGCCUUACACGUAAGGAAGGUGAGCCUUGUGGACACGGCGAGGAAAGGGCACAUGGUGCUGAGGCUUCUCCACGGCGUGGCAUACGGCGACACAUGGUUCGGGCGGUGGGGCUACCGGUACGGCCGGCCGAGCUACGGCGUGGCGCUGCAGGCGUACCAGCAGUCCCUCCACGCGCUCCAGUCCGUGCCGCUCUGCGUGCUCCUGCCGCACCUCAGCUGCUUCACCCAGGACCUCCCCAUGCUGGUCACCAAGUACCAGGCCAUCAGCGGCCACAAGCUGCUCAACCUCGGCGACCUCCUCCGCUUCAUGCUCGACCUGCGCACGCGCCUCCCCGCCACCUCCGUCACCGCCAUGGACUACCGCGGCAUCAUGUCCGACGCCUCCUGCCGCUGGUCGGCCAAGCGCGUCGACAUGGCGGCCCGCGCCGUCGUCGACGCGCUCCGCCGCUCCUCCUCCGACGCGCGCUGGGUCACGCGGCAGGAGGUGCGCGACGCCGCGCGCGCCUACAUCGGCGACACGGGCCUCCUCGACUUCGUGCUCAAGUCCCUCGGCAACCACAUCGUCGGCAACUACGUCGUGCGCCGCGCCAUGAACCCCGUCACCAAGGUCCUCGAGUACUGCCUCGAGGACGUGUCCAGCGUGCUGCCGGCUGCCGCGCCGGGCGCCGGCGUGGCUACUCCGGGCCAGGGCAAGAUGAGGGUGCGGUUCCACCUCACCAGGGCGCAGCUCAUGAGGGACCUCGUGCACCUGUACAGGCACGUGCUCAAGGAGCCCAGCCAGGCGCUCACCACCGGCGCCUUCGGCGCCAUCCCCGUGGCGGUGAGGAUGGUCCUGGACAUCAAGCACUUCGUCAAGGACUACCACGAAGGGAUCAUGGCCGCGACCAGCAACGGCGGAAUCGGACAUGUCUACGUCAGCCUGUGCUGCACCUUGGUCGUCAGGAACGGGGGCCCGGAGCUGGUUCCUCCGUACGAGACGGUCACCGUGCCGGCACAUGCCACCGUCGGGGAGCUCAAGUGGGAGGUGCAGAGGCUGUUCAGGGACAUGUACCUCGCUCUCAGGACCUUCACGGCAGAGUCCGUCCUGGGGAUCGGCGCCGGCCAGGAUGCCAGCGCCGUGCUCGGCCUGAUCGGCGUCGGGAGCACCGUCGUGGUUGAAGGGGUGGUCGACGAGGAGCAGCAGCACCAGGCCGAGGACGGUGACCUGAAAAAGGAAGCGCCGGCCAUCUGCGAGGGGAGCGGCGACGUCGGAGAGAGGGUCGUCGACUGCGUGUGUGGCGCGGACGACGACGACGGCGAGCGCAUGGCCUGCUGCGACAUCUGCGAGGCGUGGCAGCACACGCGCUGCGCCGGGGUCGCGGACGCAGAGGACGUCCCGCACGUCUUCCUCUGCAGCCGGUGCGACAACGACGUGGUCUCCUUCCCGGCCUUGAGCUGCUAG